AUGAAGCUCAACCCGGGGAAAUGCACCUUUGGCGUCACGUCCCGAGAGUUCCUAGGUUACAUUGUCACCCAGCGAGGCAUCGAAGCAAACCCAAAACAAAUAACGGCAAUCCUCGAUCUCCCUAGCUCGAAUAACACCCGCGAGGUUCAGCGUUUAACCGGAAGGGUUGUGGCACUAAACAGAUUCAUCUCAAGAUCCACAGACAAGUGUCUCCCGUUCUAUGAACUCCUGCCAGGAAAUAAGAUAUUCGUCUGGGACGAAAAAUGCGAGGAAGCCUUCAAUCAACUCAAGCAUUACCUAACGACACCUCCAGUUCUGUCGAAGCCCGAAGUCGGGGACACUCUAUCCUUAUACGUUGCCGUCACCUCCUCGGCCGUUAGCAGCGUCGUAAUACGAGAAGACCGUGGCGAACAGAAACCUAUUUUCUACACCAAGCGGAUGUCGGAACCGGAAACGAGAUACCCAACCUUGGAAAAGAUGGCCCUUGCUAUCAUCACUUCGGCAAGAAAACUCAGACCUUAUUUCCAAUCGCACACUAUCGAGGUGUUCUCCAACCAGCCCCUUAGGACGGUAAUGCAAAAUAUCAACCAAUCAGGAAGGCUAACAAAGUGGGCAGUUGAGCUUAGCGAACACGACAUCGUGUACAAGAACCGCACAGCAGCUAAGUCGCAAGUUCUUGCUGAUUUCCUGAUCGAGCUAACGCCGAAGCUAGAACAAGAUCUUGUGCUGCCAAGUCUGAACUGGAUACUGCAAGUAGAUGGUUCAUCUACGAACAAAGGUUCAGGGGCAGGCGUACAACUCCAGUCACCGACAGGCGAACUAAUCCGACAGUCGUUCAGUUUUGAUUUUCCGGAGUCCAACAACGAAGCGGAAUACGAGUCUCUCAUCACAGGCCUUCGGCUCGCAAAAGCAGUAAAAGCCAAAAGAGUCAAUGCAUACUGUGACUCCCAACUCGUGGUGAGUCAAUUCCUCGGAGACUACGACGUCAAGAACGACAGAAUGGAUGCUUACUUGAAACUCGUCAAAGAUCUCACACAAGAUUUCGAAUUCUUCGAGCUAACGAAAGUCCCUCGCGGAGAGAACGUAUGUGCGGACGCACUCGCAGCCCUUGGGAGUAAGCUACACGAUCAGGUGAAAAGGACAAUCCCAAUACAUAGGAUUGAAAAGCCUAGCAUCAGCCCACCGACGGAAGAACUUGCCAUUGCAGCAUCUAUCACCGACGCCAUGGACAUCGACGAAGGGGAACCUCGCACAACGGAAGUGCAACUCGAAGAUUGGCGAACGGAAUUCAUCGCUUACCUAUCCGACGGGAUACUACCUACAGAGAAAUGGGAAGCAAGACAGCUCAACAGAUGCAGUGCGCAUUACGUCGUCAUGGACGGAACACUCCAUCGAUGGACUGCAACCAAAGUACUCCUUAGGUGUAUCUUUGGAGACGAAACAAGGCUGGUCAUGGCCGAAACACAUGAAGGAGCAGCAGGCAAUCAUUCAGGAGGACGAGCUCUCGCACUAAAAGUGAAAAUCCUCGGUGUCUAUUGGCCAACAAUGAACGCAGAUUGCGAAUCCUAUGUCAAGAAAUGCGAUAAGUGCCAGCGACACGCUUCAACCACACACAGCCCGACGGAAUUGCUCCAUACCUUGACGGCAGCAUACCCCUUCAUGCGAUGGGGAAUGGAUAUCAUCGGGCCAAUGCUGAGCUCUCGACAGAAGAGAUUCAUCAUAGUCUUAACAUAUUACUUCACCAAAUGGGUGGAAGCAGAAGCCUACGCCAACAUUACCGACAAGGAGGUGCAGAAGUUCGUCUGGAAAAACAUCCUCUGCAGGCACGGGCUCCCGUAUGAGAUAGUCACAGACAACGGAUCCCAAUUUAUCUCCCACAACUUCAAAGAGUUCUGCGACAUAUGGAGAAUUCGGCUCAACAUGUCCACACCGAGAAACCCGCAGAGCAACGGUCAAGUCGAGUCCACUAACAAGAUAAUCAUCGACGGACUCAAGAAAUGA